AUCUCUGCGGGGUGCUGGUAGUGACACGUUCUCUUCCCCCAGCGAUGGGACGAUCGGCGGUCGGAGAUUCUUCGAGGAAAAUCCCAAAGAAAGAACAGAAAACCCCAACUAAGAAAUCAGACUCUCGGGGUCACUCCUUCACCCCCCCGGAAGCCGAGUUCCUCCGGAGGGACCUCCUGACCUGGUAUGACGCCCAUAAGAGGGACCUCCCCUGGAGGAGACUGGCCGGCGAGGAGAGUGAUCCGGAUCGCCGAGCGUAUUCAGUGUGGGUGUCGGAGGUGAUGCUGCAGCAGACUCAGGUCUCCACCGUCAUCGACUAUUACAACAAGUGGAUGAAGACAUGGCGGACCGUGCAGGACCUGGCCACGGCCUCUCUGGAGGAGGUGAAUGAGAAGUGGUCCGGUCUGGGUUAUUAUUCACGCGGUAGGCGGCUCCAGGAAGGAGCGCGGAAG